CUUUCAUGUCAUCCUUCUUCCAGGCGGUCCUCAGCAGCACGACCGCCGGUGACGGCUGCAAUGCCACCGCCCAGGGCACGAACGCCACUUCCCCGUCGUCCCCCGCCGCGCCGCAGGACCUCUCGGGGCUCCUUGCCGCUCUGAUUCCCUUUGCCAUCUUUGCUAAGCUCCCGGAUUGGAUAAAGCUGGCCAUCAUCGGGUCGAUCAUCGAGACGUGCCGACGCGCCACGUCGUGGAUAUGGUCGUACAUCACCCAGAACUUCAACCUGACGGCCCAUUUCGACUCGACCGAUAGAUCCUAUGAUUGGGUGCUGUUCUGGCUGUCCCAACAAUCCUCGUUCGGAAAAGCGCGUGACGUCGAGAUCACGACGCGUUCUUGGGGGUCGCGUCCCAACGGGUACAUGGUCCCCGGAGAGGAGCCUGAGUUCAGCGAAAACGGCGUCCCCGCCCGAGAGCUCGCAUAUGUUCCCUCUCCUCACGUCACGUACACCUUGUGGUUCAGGGGCCGUUAUAUGCAAGUGACCCGCACGCGCUCCGAAAAUCAGAGCUAUUGGUCGUCCGACGUGCAAGAAACGCUCUGCGUCAGCAUCAUGACCCGCGACCGGCGGAUCAUGAACGAGCUCCUCAUCGAGGCCAAAAAGGCGUACAACGCCGAGCAGAACACGAACGUGAACAUCUACGUCUCCGACAACUUCAACGAGUACUGGCGGCACGUCGCCGCGCGGCCCAAACGCUCCCUCUCCUCCAUCGUCCUGGACCCGGGCAUCGCCGAGCGCGUCAUCGCCGACGCGCGCGACUUCCUCGCCUCUCGCGCGUGGUACGCGAAGCGCGGGAUCCCGUUCCGCAGGGGCUACCUCCUCUACGGCGCGCCGGGCUCGGGCAAAACGUCGCUCAUCCAUUCGCUCGCGGGCGAGCUCGCCGUGGACGUGUACGUGAUCUCGCUCAGCCAGUCCGGUAUGGACGACAACAAGCUCGCGCGGCUCAUCGCCGAGCUGCCCGAGAAGUGCAUCGCGCUCAUGGAGGACAUCGACGCCGCCUUCCACCACGGGCUCAACCGCGACGCUUCGGGCUCCUCGUCCGCCGAAGACUCGGCUACCGACCCGGCGGGCAAGCCUGCAGACUCCGCGCGGACGCAGAGCGCGCCACCGGCGGCGGCGAAUCCGCCCCCCGUGGGGAGCAGGAUCACGCUCAGCGGCCUGUUGAACGCGCUCGACGGCGUCGGCGCGCAGGAGGGCCGGAUACUGUUCGCGACGACGAACAAGUACGCGAGCCUCGACCCGGCGCUGUGCCGCCCGGGCCGGAUGGAUAUGCACGUCGAGUUCAAGCUCGCGAGCCGGUACCAGGCCGCGGAGCUGUUCAAGUGUUUCUUCAUGCCGGACGAGGAGGAGGAGGUUGAGGAGAAGGAGGGGGAGGAGGUGUCGCCUAGCCGGCGGAGCGAGAAGAGCGAGGACUCGGGGUACGAGAGCGUGCAGAAGCCCGUGGAGGAGAAGGCGAUUUCCCCUGCUCCGUCGUCUGCCACUGGUUCCAUUCGCGGUAUUCCGCAUGCGGGGAGCCAGCCGACGCUGUCGAAAGCUCAGGUCCAGGCACUCGCGACGCGGUUUUCGGAGGCGCUCCCGGAACGACAGUUCUCCAUGGCGGCGCUGCAGGGGUACCUCAUGAUGUACAAGAUUCAUCCCGUGGAGGCUGUCGAGGAAUUCGCGAAGUGGGUGGAGCAGGAGAUGAAGCAACGGGAGGAGAAGGCGAGGAGGAAGGUCCCGAAGGUCGAGGUUAAGGACAUUGUCGCUGACCCUACGAUCAAGAAGGAAUCUACCCCGACGCCCCCAGCCGAGGCUACAGCGACUGCGACCCCGGCGCCUUCUGCUGCUGCACUGUGCAGUGCAUGCAGUGCGGCAACGACAUCCUCCACAAUGUAGAUUGAACCUGCCGAGUCGACUUCAGAAAAGGCGGCUUCCACCUUCACCACAAACGGUCGCCUGUCAGAUGAGCACCGACAAGGUCUCUCCAGAUGUAUCUCGACCUGCCGGUCAGAGCGCAUAUCACGGACACGACGAGUCGCUCGUAGUAGUAGCAUAGGUAACACUCCCAAUGUAGCCAUAUCGUUCACGAAUAUCACCAUAAUAAACACGAG